CUCAACCCCCCCACACCCCCCCCCCCCCCACCCCCCCAUCUCACACACACACCAUUUACCACAAAUAUCAAGAAAAGUUUCAAGAAACUUGAAACCAAAGUUUGGCUAUGGAAGGUUUACAAGAUGACACAGGAGAUGGAAGCAUGCAGUGCACAGAGCAUCCAUUCAAGAACAACACACCAGCUGGUGGUAUUUGUGCCAUUUGUCUUCAAGAAAAGCUAGGCAAGUUGGUUUCUUCUUCUUUCCCCAUAGCUGUGUUCCCAUCUUCUUCUUCCUCUUCUCCGUCUUUCAGAUCUGACAUCAAUAACAUCACCACCACCGCCGCCAACAACAAUAGCAGCAAUAACAGCACAACCACCGUGGUUAACACUGCAGUGCCACCACGGUUACUUAAUUCAAACACCCAAAUCACUCAAAUCACCCAAACCAACACCACCACCACCGCAACGAACUGUCAUCAUUAUCAGUACCAGUCAAACCGGUCUAGAAUACUGUAUCUGAUCGGUCAAAAGAAGAAGAAAAAGAAAGAUCAGAACAUUCUUAUCACCGGCCAAACCAGCCAUGACCGAAACACCAUUGUUUACAAACGAAGCAAGUCAACUGCUGAUGGUUUACGCUACAUGAAUGCAGAUAACACCAGCCCACAUAAUAAGCGUGGGUUCUGGUCAUUCAUCCACUCACAAAAACCCUCACACUCAACUUCAACUUCAUCCAGUAAGGCAAAAACUCUCACAAGCAUUUCAUCGAACACCAUGAGUGCAUCCACAAGAUCUCAACGAGACAAUGAAAAUGAAAUAACAAUAGUUGAAAACAACGAAAGCCCAUGUCACCACGCUUCCUUCGACCGCAAAGUGUCCAGAUCCAGAUCCGUCGGGUGCGGUAGCCGGAGCUUCUCCGGCGACUUCUUCGAGCGGAUCUCAACCGGGUUCGGCGACUGCACGUUACGGCGCGUGGAGUCACACCGCGAACGGAAGUCUCAAGUCUCCGUUGUACGUAACAACGGCCAAGAUUGCAUUAAAGAAAGAGUCAGAUGUGGUGGGUUGUUCAGUGGGUUCAUGAUUACGUCAUCAUCUUCUUCUUCAUCGUCAUCUUCUCACUGGGUAGUUUCAAAUUCGACUACUAAAGAAACUAACAAUGAUAAUGGUGGUACCGGAAAAGUGACGUCAGCGGUGGCCGGAAAAGAAAGAAGCUGGGGGUGGGCUUUAGCAAGCCCAAUAAGAGCAUUCAGUAAACCAACAACAAGCAAACGAGAAAAUUCCAACAAGAAUGUGACUCCAAAUUUGGGUGCAAUACCUUCAUUGUUGUCUGUUAGAAGCUAAAGAUAUUAUAUUAUUAUUAUUAUUAUUAUUAUUAUGUUUUUUUGGUUUUCAUUUUUCAUUUGGUAUAAUUUUGGUUUUGUUUUUUAUAAACUAGUUGGGGGUUACCAAAAUGGCAAAAAUGGUAGAAUCCUACUAUUUUAUGGAAAAUGGAAUUGAAGAGAAUAAGGUAAAUGGAGGAUGGAAAUGUGUGAAGUGAAGUAAUAAGAUGUUGCAAGGUAGUGGGUAGUGGAAUCAACAUUUAUAUACUCUUUUAAGUACACAUAUGUUGCUAUGGAUUGAUGUUUAGUUUUGUUAUUGUUUUGUAUGGGAGUUAUAUGGUAUAAAAAUGUUGAAGUGAA